AUGAUACCGUUAUUUGAUUCUUUAAUUUUCAGGUACAAAACUGCGGUUCGCAGUCGGGUAUUUAAUUUACGCGACCGCAAGAAUCCGGAACUGAGGGAAAACGUGCUUCUAGGUGUCGUGACACCGGCAAAGUUUGCAACAAUGACCACCGAGGAAAUGGCGAGCAACGCUAUGAAAAUUAUGCGCCGAAAAUUCACCAAAGAAGCGAUUGACGAACAUCAGAUAAGUCAAGAGGCUGGCACUCCGACGGAUAUGUUUAAAUGUGGAAAAUGCCACAAAAAGAAUUGUACCUAUACACAAGUUCAGACUAGAAGUGCAGACGAACCGAUGACGACGUUCGUUUUCUGCCGAGAAUGUGGAAAUCGCUGGAAGGUGAAAGUUAUAUUAGUUAUUAUGCUUUAG